UCUUGUGGGCCAGCCGCUGAACAUGAUUCCAGAGCCCGACGUCAUGCACUUGAAGAUGAAUCAGCUCGAUCGUUGGCAGAAGAUGCGGCGCUACUCCACCGAGUUUUGGAACCGCUGGCGUGACGAAUACAUCGCGACGUUGCAGCCGAGAGGAAAGUGGCGCGCAAGUGAGGAGAACAUCAAGCUGGGGCAACUGGUCCUGGUCAAGAAUGACAACGCUCCAUCAUCCGCCUGGGAGCUGGCCCGUGUCGUAGCAGUUCAUCCGGAUCGAGCAGGACUGGUUCGGAACGUGACGCUGCGUCGUGGGAAGCACGAGUACCAACGCUCGGUGCAGAAGAUCUGUCCGCUUCCGAAUUGAGACGCUGUCUCAAGGCGGGGAGGAUGUUUGCAGAAGAAAAGUGACUUUUUAUUUCUUUUUUCUUUUUCUGCGAUAUGAUGAGUUCUACGUUAUGGAGUACAUUCGAAAAGGACUCGUGAAUAAACCAGCUAUGCAGGAUGAGCCGGCGAGGCACUGAACCAUCCGUUUACGACACUUGCUCAUCUGGUAGAUUACGCGGAUUGUCACAGCGUGAAGGCGUUGAUGGAGGAUUGCUUUCGAAAGGACUCAAGGGUUGACACGUACAACCAACGCGGCCCCAGAACGGGGGUCGGCAGGUAGCGAUCUUGGCAUCGUGGAUACGGCAGACCGGGUCGCACACAUUUGGUCGUUUUUUCGCCACGACAAAAAGGAAAACAAUCAGCUAUCGCCGGUCAAGAAGCGCGUCAAGGAGAACACUCCAUCGCACCAGCAGCAACACUACAACCAGCAACAGCAACAGGGACGAGGGGCACAUAUUUGCCAACUGUACCACGCCAGCGGUCAUUACGAUAGCGAGGACGAGGCGCCAGACGUGAAGUCGUUCAAGCAGCAAGUGGCAACGAGUGUGGAAUGUCCUCGACGAACCAGUGUCGGUGGGAGGUUCCGCCAAAUCACUGACUUCCGAAAGCAGUUCGUAUCAACUUUUGCAGUAUCAGCGCAGUUGGCAGCAGCAACAGCAACAUCCGCAACAGGACCACACCAGCGUGAUUAACAGUGGAAGUCAUAUUUGCGGUACGAGAAGUGGCAGCAGUAGUAGCAGUAGUCCCGGAAGGAAGAUGAAGAGCACGACGGUGGCGUCCACGUCGACAGCCUGUGUAUCAAGUAUGUACGAGCAUCACGCGUGUCAAUCCUGGAAAAAGCGCCAUCCUCCAAGACGAACCAAACGCUGCACGUGUUCAAGCAGGAGCCGAACGAGUUUGUGGCGUACGAAUAUCUGCAAAUGGACAAACGCUACUUCAGUGGCCGCAAGCGGGAAUCGACCGCGGUGUACAUGCCUUCGUCGUCCUCUUCCGCAGCCGAUCUGAGGAUGAUGGGAAGCGGCGGCAGCAUGUCAGUAGCAACCGUAGUAUCCGCCCCGCCUCACGAUCACCGGAACAUUAACUUCACCUAGGGUGAUAUCUACCGGCGGUCGCGUUUGUGUCUCAGGCGCCGUUCCAGACGUAUACCCGGGUGGUGCCACCACCGGUCCACAACGUUUCCUGCAGGCAGGUUCUUCCAGCGCACCCGCUGCCGACCUACCUCCCUUCUCCCGACGCAGUACAGCUAGUUUGGUCCGCUGAGCCCGGCCGGCAACAAGCACUACGUUUGAUUCGGCGUACCAGAAAGUGUACCCGCUGGAGGUCCGCGUCGAUCUGGUCAACCUAUAAUGGAGCUGCACGGCGAUGGCGGUGGCAAGGGAUCCGAAGUGAUGGCCGGGGCCGCCAAGAAUGACGUCGCAAUGGAAUGUCCCGAGGAAUACUAACUUUUUGUUUAUUCAUAAUGGAUAA